AUGCCGUUCAUAACAUCAAGGCCAGCGGCGAAAAAUCCCUCCCACUCUUUAUCAGAGACAGACUUAAGCCAGCCCAGGAAACAGCCGUCUCAAACCUCCCCCACUAAGAAAUCAGGGUCCAUGCAACAACGAAGAAGAUCCUCCACCAUCAGGCACGCACUAUCAUCGUUUCUUGGUAGUGCUGUCUCGACCAACCCAACGAAGAACGGCACUACCAACGGUAAUAUCAGAGGCAGCAACACAGACGCUCAACUCUUGGGCAAAAAGCAGAGUAAACAGCGGCCUCAGGAGACAAGGCGACAUAGCACCACCGCAAUAUCGGGCCCUAUCAGCGAUAACACCACUACAACACCAAGAUCCUCGACUUCCGACACUAACCGCCGUGCCCUUGGAAGAUCGUCGGUAGACCAGGAUACAAGAACUCCGGGAGGCCGGUAUUCACAGAUCGAAGAAGACAGCGCUGUUUUAGAUUUUGAUGACGACCACAAUUCAUCGGCCGUGGCGUCGAGCGAUUUAUCAUCUGCCUCUAACUUAAGAUUAGCAAACUCGAAGAAGUUGAACGAACAGUUUCUCUCUGAAUAUCUGACCGCCAGGGGGCUUUUGAGCCCCAAAACCGUUCUAUCCAACGAAUACUUGAAUGUAUCCAUCUCCACUAGCGGCGAGAGCGUCUUCCUACCAACAGUGUCCUCCAACGAUGAUGAAUACCUGGCUAGACUAAACGGGCUUAAUGAUGGUACGGACGAUGCGGAGGAAGAUAUUUUCUUGGAUGGAGUGGACCAGCAAGGAAAUAACAUACAUUCUCCCACUAUGACAGCGGCUGCACGAAGUGAUGAAGGCACCAACGCAAAUAGAGAUACACUUUUGAGAGAGAACAUUUCAGAGGACCAUACAAACACCACCUCUGAUCCUAAUUCGAGGUCGAUUGAAAUCGAUGGUUCUAUGGUGUCAUACAGUAUAGCCGUUAUACUAUCUGUGAAGAAACCAACCCAAUUUACGGGUAUGCAAUUGGAAUUAUGUUCAAGAGUUAAAGUGUUUUGGAAUACAGGUGUGCCUCCAACAAAGACAUUCAAUGAAGAAUUUUAUAAUGCUGCGUCCAUGAAGUGGAAUUUAGACAAUGAAAAUUUCAAUUUGUUUGUGCCACUAAGCAUAUCUCCGGAUGACCAAAUGAUAGAAAACAACAACAACGAUCGUCAGAUCAGAUUGUUCAAAAAUAUACCUACAGAGGAAAGACUGUACCUAGAUAAAACCAAAACAAGAUACACCCUUUUGAAUACUAUCGACGUAAAAAAAAACUAUCUUUACCAACCUGGAGACUAUGUAUUCUUAGUACCAGUGGUUUUCUCCAAUCAUAUUCCAGAGACUAUCUAUUUGCCCUCUGCACGCGUCAGUUACAGAUUAAAACUUGCCACAAAGGCUAUAAAUAAAAAGGGUUUUUAUCAUCAAGAUUCAAAUUCUCCUCAUUCAAUCGUAUCACCCGAUUCUUCUUCUUCACUAAGCUCCACUACAUCUUCAUUGAAACUCACCGAGACUGAAUCUGCUCAGGCGCAUAAGAAAAUAAGCAACACUUUGUUCAGCAAGGUCAAGAAUCAUUUACAUAUGAAUUCACAUCAACUCAAGAACGAAGAAUCCACCGAGGAGGAAAUCUUCGCAGAAUAUCCUAUCAGAGUUAUUAGAACUCCACCACCCGUAGCAGUAUCCACUGCAAACAAACCAAUUUAUAUUAAUAGAGUUUGGACAGAUUCUUUGUCAUACGAAAUAUCUUUCGCCCAGAAAUACGUGUCACUAGAUAGCGAAGUUCCGAUUAAGAUUAAAUUGGCGCCAAUUUGUAAAAAUGUUUGUGUCAAGCGUAUUCAUGUAAGUAUCACUGAGAGAAUUACUUUUGUUAGUAAAGGCUAUGAAUAUGAAUACGAUCAAACAGAUCCCGUGGCCAAAGAUCCUUACAAUCCCUAUUAUUUAGAUUUUGCCUCUAAGAGAAGAAAGGAAAGAAGUGUAUCAUUAUUUGAAAUCAGAACAAAGGAAAAAGGCUCAAGAGCCCUAAGGGAAGAAAUUGUAGAGAAUUCUUUCAAUGAUAAUCUUUUAUCUUAUAGUCCUAUCGACGACGACAGUAAUUCUAAGGGCAAUCAAAAGGAAAAGCUUGGCAUCACUGAGCCAAUAAUUAUUGAAACACAAUUAAGCUUUCCCAAAUAUGAAGAUUUGGAUAAAAGAACCGCGAAGAUAAUACCACCCUAUGGGAUCGAUGCAUACACAAGUAUCCCCAAUCCGGAACAUGCUGCUGCUAGUGGACCCUCUCAUCGUCGUCCCAGUGUAAUAGGCUUUCUAUCCGGUCAUAAGAGCCCAAAAAACCAUGACGAAGGUGAAAAACCCAUUUAUGAUCCAAAAUUUCAUGUAACAAAAAUCAAAUCUAAUUCUGGACUGCCCAUAAAAACGCAUACCAGAUUAAACAUGCCAAAGAGAGGUUUGUAUUUGGACAGUUUACAUUUCAGUAAUGUUUACUGUAGACAUAAGCUGGAAAUUAUGCUAAGGAUAAGCAAACCUGAUCCUGAAAGUCCAUCCAAACUAAGGCAUUAUGAAGUACUCAUUGAUACACCUAUAUUCUUGGUAUCUGAACUAUGCAACAGCGGUAACAUGGAAUUACCUACCUAUGAUAUGGCCACAAUGGAAGGCGAAAAUAACCGCACUUCUUUAAGCGUAAACAACGAUUUCUUUGGAAUGACAUGCCCUCCCCCGCCUACUUUCGAAGAAGCCAUAUCUGUACCAGCUUCUCCCAUCGUUUCGCCGAUGGGAUCACCCAAUAUCAUGGCAUCAUAUGACCCUGAUUUGCUAUCUAUUCAGCAGUUGAACCUAUCCAGAACUACUUCGGUUAGUGGACCGUCGGGAUACAACGAUGAUCCCAGCCUACCAAACGCUAACCGCAACAGUAUUUCGAAUGCUAAUGCAAUGGGUGGCGGCAUUUCGAACUCUGCAUUCGUUACAAGCAACAGCGGCCAGGGAAUCGCUAGGGCAAGAGCUACAUCGGUAAAUGACAGAUCGAGAUUCAAUAAUCUUGAUAAAUUAUUGAGCACUCCGUCACCCAUUAAUAGGUCCAAUACCUCUUCACCGACGAAUGGCUCUUCACAAGCACAUGCUCCCACCAAAAUCCCAAACGCUCCUGGUGAAGACCAUACCGAAACUUCCAACGUAUUUUUCAAAAAAGAUUAUACUUUAUCACACGUAAAAGAUGACGAAGAACAAGAAGGAAUAAAGAGUUCAAGCUCAGCUGAUUCACUGCUUUCUCGUGGUAACGAGUUAUUAAAUGAACCGCCGCGUUAUGACGAGGUAGUACCUUUGAUGAGUGACGAAGAGUAA